UUUCGGUUUCGGGUGUUACACAUGGGAAUACCUAUGAUGCAGCACUGGUCAACUGCAUGUCAAUCAUUGUAGACCGGUAAGCAGGAUAUUCCCCUAAAAAUGACUGAAAACCAAUUUAACAAAUUACAACCUGGGGAGUUGUGUCCCUUCAAUAGCAAUGACUGGGAGACAAUGAAGAAUAAGCAAAAUUGUCAAGAUCCGGAGUUUUAUCACUGUAUGCCAAACCAGUACAACGAGCCAGGGGAAAUCUGUGUCAAACCAAACUGGGCAUCAAAAAAUUACUGUCCAAUUUUCAAUACUGUUGCCAAUGACAUUGACCUCAUUCCCUGUGACCUUCAGUAUGGAGCAUGCCCAGACACAGAUUUCAGAUCUAAUAAAGUCUAUCUGUAUCCUGGUUGUCUAAACAACACUCUUAUAAUAGGAAAAACCAGUACUGAUAGGACAGACAGUGAAUCUACAGUACUGUUUUCAGUCGAAUUGCACAUUAUUAUUCCAGCUGUCACCAUACCUCUUUUACUGCUGCUUAUUAUUGGAGUUGCAUGUUAUUGCUGGAGAAGAAAAGGGACAAUGAGUGAUGGAAAUGACAUUGAAUUGCAGCGCCUUCUUCAUCAGAAUACAGUUCCUUGGAGAUUUAAAAAGACUAUAAAUUACUUGGAGAACAAAGUAUUCUGCCGGCCUGAAUGCUAUGAAGAUGCUGUUGGUUUUUUGUCUACAAAAGGCCACAUCACUCUUAUUGGUCCACCAGGAUCGGGUAAAACUUCUAUGGCAGUCCAACUUGCAAGACAACUAUGUGGGAAGAAAGAACUGUCCCAGUUGAAGUUUUGCGAAACACUGCAUGAGUUGACAGCAUUACCUGAAACGGGAAACACAUUCUUAUAUAUAAUUAUGGAUGAUUGGAUAGAUCGUUACAUGUACUACCCUUCAAAAUUUAAAGAAGAUACAAAAUUAUUUGAUCAUAUUUUUGAAGAUUGCUUAAAAAACAAAAGAAUACGAAUAAUUUUUACAGUCCAAGACGAUAGAUGGAAUGCAUACAGGGAUCUUUUGUCAGAUCAAAAGUUGUUUUGCCAAGACAGUUUGUUCUUCAUAAAAAACAAAUCAUUUAGUAAAGAAGUGCUGCAACAUAUGAUUAAAAACCACUUACAGUAUCAUGAGACUAAAGAAGUUUCCAUGAAUACUAGGACGAAAUCUGAUGAGGAAAAGUUGGCAAAAGAGAGAAGGAAUCAAAGGAACGAAAUCAAACAUGCAGUUGCAAAAGAUGUGAAAAGUGAUGAAGACUUUUCUUUACCGGUAAUUAUUGAUUUAAUCUGUGCAAAUAGAUUUUUAGUGCCGGGAAAAACAAUUUUUUUCAGGGAUGAAUUUUCAAAGAUUUUGCGAACUUUUUUACAUAACUGGUUGACUUGCAUAUCAAAGGAUGAUAAGAAUAGCUUUUGUAUUCUCAUGUUUGCAGCUCUUCAAGGGGGAAAAGUUAAGCUAGGUGAUUUUACAAGCAAAGUGAUUCGUCCCAUUUAUGAAAAUGUUUGUAAAGAGUAUGGAUCUGAAUGUCUAAAGGACAUUGAGAGAAUUGAAGUAUUGUUAUGGCAGAAUGAAGGUUUAAAGGGUUGUUUGUACCAAGAAAAUGAUUUAUUUGUUUUCUGUCAUGAUUCACUGUUAUGUUUUGUGCUGAAGUUUCUCACAGAGACCACAAAUGCCAAUUUCUUAAUUAGAAUUGCUGAUAUUGAAAUUCUUCUUAAAAGAUGUUGGAUAAAAGAAUCGAUAGUAAAAAUAUAUGAAGAUUCAGCAAAAGGUUUGAUGCCAAAUGACCCAGUUGGGACAGUCAUCAUACCAAUUGAUGCAAUAAAAGACUUGGCAAAAAGAAUUCAUGAAGAUAUGUCUAAAGGCUAUUCUAUUCCUGAUUGGUCUCAACAUGUCUUUAUGGAACAUAAAACAUUUUCUACUAUGUGGAGAGAGGUACUUACAGAAUCAGUUAUAGCCAGACCUGACCCUUUACAGAAAAUCCUACCAGUUGGUGAUGAAAGUCAAAUAGAAUUAUCUGACAAAAGUAGACUCACGAACAUAACGGAGGAAAGUACUCAGAACAUAGAGAAAGAUGCACAGUCCAAUGCAGGUAGAAAAGAUCAUAGUCUGAUUCGCUCUGAGAAGGAAUGUAAACAAGGCAAGCACAAGGAAAAGAAAAUUAAAGAAAAAAUACCAACGGGAAAAAAGGAGUCGAAUUCUCAAAAACGAGAUUCUAAAGAAGGAGAAACCCAAAGUAAUAUAGAACAAUCACCUCAGAUUAACCUUUCUCCAGAUUCGAUUGAGGUAAAUUUACCUGGAAAUGAUUUUAAUCCAAAUGAGCAUGCAGAAAACAGUAAACAACUUGAAAGGAAGAAAAAGAAAAAGAAAGUUUCCCUUGACAAAAAACAGACCAAUUCCAAAAAAGUGGGUUUGGAAAAAAAUAAUGAGGAAACAACACAACGGAGCCAAAUUUCUGUAGAUUCGACUCCGGGAGAUACACCUGUGUGAAAAUAUGCAGACACCAUGAAAAAGUAUUGUAUUGUUGAACGAUGGUUUUUGUUGUACAUGUACAAGUACCAAUUACACAGUCGAUGUGCUUUUUUGUGAAGUUGAUAUAUGUAUAUACUAUAGGUAUUUGUUUCUUUUUUUAUUCCUUAAUCACGCAGAUUACAAAUACAGCUGUACAAACAGUAACAACAAAAUACAAGACAAAAUAUGUGCGAAAGAAGUUUUGAAGAGGUAAAGAACCCUUUCUACACUGCAAACUAAAGAGCCCUGAUUCUAUGGCAUUUUUCUAGUUAUUUUGAUCUGACCUUAGAUCUAAAUUUAAAUAAAUAGAAGUAUACAUUAUAUAACUCAAUUUUUAAUCAAUUCAACUACUCUUAUCAUUUGAGAAGGUCAGGGUAAAUAAAGUGAACACAUUUUUUUACAUGUAUUUUCUCAAAGGAAGUAACCAACAUUGAUUAUUGGUCACUGUUACUGUGUUGUGUUUGAAAAUUUCUCCUGGUGGUAAAUGCCACAUAUCAUAUAAUGGAAAUUAAUUAGAUAAUAUCAAUAUUUACAUCCGUAUGAUUCAAUAUAAUUUCAUUAAUGCCCUGGCAAUAUAUUGUAAUAUUGUUUAUUUCUUAAAAUUACAGGUUUUUAUCAUAUAAUAAAAUACAACUCUUCUGUCAGUUAAUUUUGUUUGUGUUGUAAACUUGCUUGAUUUGUAAUCAAAUCAAUUGCUUAAGAAAAAUAUAAUGGUGGUGUAUAUAUACUGAAAGGGAAAAAAACGCCUGCCAGGUAAACUUUUAAGGUGAAAUAAAUUUAUUUUUCCUUAUGUAUUCUCUAGUUUUCCUAUCUAACGUUAAAAAUCAUCUUUUAUGAAAAUGUAACCAAAAUCCCAUUUGAUUUUGCCUCAUAAUUCAUGAUUCAUCAGUGUGUGUAUCCUUUAAAUAGGGAUAUUAUUCAAUCUUUUCAACAAGGCUGACCUUAGUUGAAAGAGACCUUGGGCAUUUCGAACCGUAUCUGCCUCUUAGUCCCACAGAUGUUCAAUGAGAAAAAUAUGGAGUUUUCGGAGACACGUCGAAUGGGUAAAUGUGAUUGUUUGCGAGAAAGUCUUGACAAACCCAGGCUACAUUUGGCCAGAGGGAAACACGCGGGAAAAAAAUAGGCAAAACUACUCGCGCAUGCGCCAGUGACAGGAACACCAACGUAAAGUUGACAGCUCAAAAAUCCAAAUUGCGCAAUCGGCUUCUUUCAGUGUUAUGGUGAAAGUAAUGAUUAUGAUAGUCUACUCUUUUCAUAGCAGUUUUGUGGUAGUAAAGUGGCGAUGAAACAGAUGGCAGGAUGAACAACCCAAUCUUAACUUGGUCUUGUUACGUGUCAUCGUUACGGUUGAUUGGAAACUAUUCAAGGCCCUCUUUGACGACGCCUAAGACGUUAUAUGGGAGAAAAUUUUACUUGCAACUGCACAGCAACAACAACACAGCAACCUGUUGUUGCUUUUUUCCAUACUAAGGUCAGACCCCACGGAACUUCCGUCAACUGUAAAAAGAUUGCAAGAGAUGCAUAUCGUCUAUAAUACUUAAAAGAUUCUUAUUUGACCACUUUUCGUAAUUUUUGGUAAUGCGGUCAAAAAAAUUUGGCAUAUCGUGUUACCCUGCGUUUCUUUUUCCUUUCAGUAUAAAUACGAUCUUUUAUAAUAAUUCAAGUCAUAGCACACAUAUUUCAAAUUA